UCAUCCAAAAUUCUUCUCUCCUGUCUUCAAUGUUAUUUGUGUCUCCCUCUGGUCCUCUCUUUCCCCUCUGAAGAUGAGCAUGAAUUCAAGUAGCCGCCUUUUGGGACUAUGAAACUCGGGUGUGAUGAGUCACUGGCCGAGUGAAAACGGGGCUUCAUUUCCCUUCAUUGCGAGAGAGCGCUAAAGAAACACACACAGAAUUUUCAAAACAUAGUUGUUUUUUUCUCGUUUUUUCUUCCUUCUUGAAUUCUGAAAGAAAUCAGAAUAUCAGUAUCCAAAACACCAGCUCUAGUGGAUUGGUAUCCUGGUGAUUUGAUGUCCAAGAAUUCAUUUCAUUGAGGCUUCUAGUUAGGUGUAAACAUCCAUUCUCUCGUUAGUUGACCUUGUGAAUCAAAACCCUCUAGCUAGUAUACGAUUACUGCCGGCCAUCUUUUGCAAGCUCAGAGACUUGGAGAAGUGGAGGUUUUUUUUUUUUUUUUUAAUGGUAAGUUUUGAACAGGAAAAAGCUGAAGUUUUGGAAGGAAAGAGAUGGCGGAUGUUGAGAAUUCAUUAAGAAUGAAAGUAUCUACAGCUUCAGGAGAGGACACAAUUGUCUCUUCAUUUGGUAACCAAGGCAUGCCACUCUCCGUUACCGUGCCACAACCAAAGAAGAAGCGAAAUCUCCCUGGAAUGCCAGAUCCAGAUGCAGAAGUAGUUGCGUUAUCACCAAAGUCUUUAUUAGCUACAAACAGAUUCGUGUGUGAGAUCUGUAACAAGGGCUUUCAAAGGGACCAGGACCUGCAACUUCACAGACGAGGCCAUAACUUUCCAUGGAAGCUAAAGCAACGAACCAACAAAGAGCCAAGGAAACGUGUCUAUGUGUGUCCAGAGCCAUCUUGUGUACAUCACAACCCAGUUAGAGCUCUGGGGGACCUUACUGGCAUUAAAAAACACUUCAGCAGAAAGCACGGUGAGAAAAAGUGGAAGUGUGAGAGAUGUUCAAAGAAAUAUGCUGUUCAGUCUGAUUGGAAAGCUCACAUGAAAACUUGUGGCGCUAGAGAGUAUAAAUGCGAUUGUGGCACUUUGUUUUCAAGGAGAGAUAGUUUUAUAACACAUAGGGCAUUCUGUGAUGCGUUAACGGAGGAGAGUGCAAGGGCGCAAACCCUAGCGAUAACGGGGAAUGAAGGGAAUGGUUGUGACGUCAAGUGUGUGGUUGCUUCACCACCGCCUCCACCACUUACGCCGUCUACUAGCGUGGUGUCUCCGGGUUUGUCAGUUCAAAGCUCAGAAUUGGCAGAAAAUUCAAUUAGAUUUUCACCACCAACACCAGCAGCUAUAUGCCUGCAUGACUCAUCUACGAGCACAAGCUCAGCUAGCUCAACCAGUAAUGUAUUUGCUAGUAAAUUGGCUUCUUCAACAGCAUCACUGACUGCUAUCCCACGACAAGCAUCACUAUCUCCGUUUCCAAUGUUUUGUGGCUUAGCUCAUUCUGAUUGUCCCCCUACCAUGCCAACACCUAAAGCAAUGGAUCCCCCUUCACAGACUCUUUCACCAUCAAUUUAUCUCCCAAACCCGACCUCCUCUCUCUUCCCCACAAACCAAGAUCGGCGCCAUUACACACCGUCUCCGCAACCGGCCAUGUCUGCCACUGCAUUGCUUAAAAAAGCAGCACAAAUGGGUGCAACUACAUCAAACCCAUCAUUUCUCCGUGGUUUAGGUUUUCCCCCUUCAACUAAUCAAGACGGCAAUGGCAAUAAAUGGGACAUGAAGCCAGAGAAUAAUACUACUUUUUCCGCUGGGCUUGGACUUGUACUCCCCACUAGUGAUAUUAUGAUGAAUUCAUCUUCGUUGUUUGGAAAGAAGCCAACAACACUCGACCUUCUUGGGCUCGGCUUGGAUGCUGCUAGUUCUGCUUUGCUAAACUACAAUGGUUCUGAUGGCUUUAAUGUUGCAGCAGCAGCAGCCGCUGCAUAUGGUGGUGGAAGGAGAGGGAAUUCUGAAGAAACAUGGGAUGGAAGCCACAACAACAAGGUUCCUGAGAGAAAACCUAAUGGAUCCACAGCAACCUCACUUUAGAGCUCUAUCUAGCUAGCUUCACUUCUCCCAGGUAUUUUUGUCAAGGGUGGAAAAGAAGCUGAGCACUCAGGGGCAUCACUCUGAGCUUUUUAUAUGUAGAUAUACGUAACACCUUCUUGUCUCCAUACCAGGGAGGAGAAUUUUCUUUUCGUCGUUUCUUAAACAUAUACUCUUGUUAUCUCGUAGUAGGAUGCAUAUUUUUGGUCUCCAUGGAUAGUACGUAGUUGCUUUUCGAAGGCAAGUUAAAAUCGAAAUAUUUUCACGGAGUGAUGGUGAA